AUGGCGCGCCGCGGAGGCCCGAUCGGGGCAGCUCGGUACCUCGACAGCCGGGCCUUUGCCGCGUUCAUGAAGGACCUGGCCAAGAACGGCCACGUCGCGCGCGCGAUGGAGCUCUUUGAUUGGAUCAAGGAUCUCAGCCCUGUGCACGACCUGGCGGCGCUUGCAGAUGUCUACACGUACACCACCGCCAUCAACAACGCCGGCCAGGCGCAGCAGCUGCGCCGCGCGCUCGAGCUGGUGGGGGAGAUGCGCACGCGGGGCAUCCAGUGCAACGUGCACACUUACAGCGCGCUUAUGAAUGUGUGCAUCAAGUGCGACGCCUGCGAGCUGGCGCUCGACGUCUUCAAGGAGAUGCGCGCCGACGGCGUGCGGCCCAACGUGGUGACCUACAACACCCUUGUCGACGUGUUCGGCAAGAUCGGGCAGUGGGAGCGCGCCGUGCGCGUGCUCGACGACAUGUCGCAGGACGGGCUGGAGCCGGAGGUGCGGACGUUCAACACAGCGAUCAUCGCCUGCAACAUGUGCGGCCAGCCGCUGGAGGCGCUCAAGGUGUACCAGCGGCUGCUGGAGGCGGGCCUGCAGCCAAUCAGCACCACCUACACCGCGCUCAUCAGCGCCUACGCAAAGGGCGGCAACCUGGACCGCGCCCUGGACACGUUCAAGCAGAUGGUGCGCGAGGGCUGCGAGCGCAGCGUGAUCACCUACAGCGCGCUGAUCAACGCCUGCGAGAAGGCCAGCCAGUGGGAGCUAGCGCUGCAGCUGUUUGAGCGCAUGCAGCAGGAGGGCAUCGCGCCCAACACGGUCACGUACAACUCCCUCAUCACAGCCUGCACGCAGGGCAGCCAGUGGGAGAAGGCGUCCGAGGUUUUUGACCACAUGCGCUUCCACAACUGCCGCCCCGACACGGUCACCUACUCCGCGCUCAUCGGGGCCCUGGAGAAGGGCGGCCAGUGGCUGCGCGCCGUCAAGGCGUUUGAGCAGAUGCAGGGGCAGGGCUGCCGGCCCGACAGCAGCAUCUACCAGUCCAUGGUUGACAUGCUCUGGCAGAGCGGCGUCGCGUGGCUGCAGGCGCGCGCGCUGCAGCUGUACGCGGCGGCCGCGCGCAGCUGGCAAUUCCGGUUCACGGUGCAGCAGGCGAGCCCGGCGGAUGCCGGGCUGGUUGAAUUCAUAGUGCCGGCCUCCACGGCCAGCGUGGCGGUGCUCAGCACGCAGCGCUGGCUCGUCGAGCUCCGUGCGGCGCUCGACCGCGACGGCGCGCUGCUGCUCUCGGGCGGCGGCAGCGGCGGCGCGUGCGAGCGCGUCGCGGUCAGCCUGGGGCGCGGGCGGCACACGCGGGAGCAGGGGUGCGGCAACAUCCGGCGCGCGCUGUUUGCGUUGCUGGAGGCGUUGGGCGCACCGCUCAGCUGA